CUUUAACGACGCGUGAGUUGUAGCAGGACAAGACAAAUAUUGCUGUAAAGGACAAGGGAACAAAGCCUUAUAACCAAGAAAGAAAAAAAAGAGGAACUGAUCAAAUUUAGUCCUAAAGGAAUUGAGAGUUUUAACUGCAACUUCGAAAUUAAAAUAUUAAAGUGUGUAAAUAUGGCUUGGAUGGAUUAUAUUUGCAUGGUUUUUAGUAUAUCUGUUUUGUUUACAGUUGCCAAUGGCAACGUAUUACGGCUUGACAAAACAAUGAAUGGGAUUAUAUUAUCAUCCGAUACAGAUACAGACGACAUCAAUUUGCUUGACGACAACACUGUCAAGAAGCUUGACAGUUAUAUAAAUUUAGAUGACAGUCCAAGUUUAAGACUGAAAGAUCCAAAGACCUUAAGCAUUGGAAGUGUGCACCAGCAUAGUCAUAUUACGUCUGUUCGCCACUUUGCAAGACACGGUCUCUGCAGAAAUAUUUAUGGAAAAGUGCGAUUUUAUACAGCUUUGAAAUACAAGUUUUGUCAUACAGAAAGUAAAUUUAUAGCACAAAUGGUUGAAGAUCUCUGUACAGAGAAAGGUAGACUAUUACACAGCUGGGUCGCUGAACUGUUUGAUACAAAUGAGGACGGUAAUAUAGACCAUUUUGAGAAGUUAUUCUAUGACGAAUGAAAACCUCAUUGCAAGAACUUUGAUCAUAUCAUCAAAUUAUUCUUUGAAAUCCUGGAUAAUUUUACGCAUAUGUGAAAUGAUGAAGACUAGCUUUCUGUGAUGAUGUACAAAAAGUAACAAACGAGAAGCUGCACAGCCUAGAUAUGUAAUAAGCACUUUUCUGAGAUGGAAAUGCUUAGAUAUUUAUGACUAUAAAUAUUGUACUAUAGGGCAACCAAUACGUCCAUGAUGAUGAAGAAGAAACAGCGGAUUUUGAUUGUGAUAUUGAAAUUUAAGAGAGAAAUUGAGUUGAGUUUCAAGACACUUUGAUCUAUAUUAUCUACGUUGUUUAUGUCGCUACCUUAAUUUUUAAGGUUAGUAUCGUUUGCAGUUAGUAAAUCAUCUAUUGCAACUUCAGUUCAAAGUUUCCGACAUGACAAAUUUAGUAGUAAUUAUUAUUUCUGGCAUGAAAUUACCCGACUUUAAAAAUUAAAUCCUGUUGUCUAAAGGAAAAAUUGGUAUUCAAAUUUUUGUACACAAUUAAAUUUUCAGAGUUUUAAAAACGUUAGUUUCAAUAAUCUUCACGUACGUAGUAUGUACUGUAUUUGUUUUGUUUGUUACAAGGAUAAUGCUGUGUUGAUACUAAACCGGAUUUUUACUCUCUCAUUAGUACUGAAUGCUCUUCAGCCCGCCAAAUAUUUGGUAGAAUGUAAACACUGUGAAUGUCAACACCAUUUAUAUUUAUGCCGCGCCAGUAUUUAUUAUGAUAAGUGAAAAGGUUUUCCGUCCUGCAAUCUUUAAAGCUUGUUUCACUUUAUUUGUUUUAGAAUAACAUAACCUUUUAUUUAUCUUUAUCUUUUAGUUAUUGUAUACGUCAUUUAAGCCAAAAGUUUACUUUUAACAUAUCAGAUGAUACACUCACUUUGGCAAUCAGUUAAAACUGUUGAAAGUUCUUCUUUUACAGUUUCGGCUACGUAUUUAAAGUGGCAUUAUGCGUAUCUUACUGCACAUAUUGUGUUUCUGGUGAAUGUUUUUAUAAAAGCAAUUUUCGGUUGCUGUGCAUUUAAAUGUUAAAUUAACGAUAAUGCCGCACAAGUAUUUGAAAUUUAUGCUUUAAAAAUAAAAAAAUUAAGCCAGUAAGAUAAUAGUUCUUUUCUCAGUCUUCGGCGCAGUGAUCUCCCUUACCUAUAGGUAGAGAUUUCCGAAGUUGAAGGAAGUAACUCCUGCGUACAGUUUGACAUUUCUUAAAAAGACUGUCCCAGUCAAAAUAAGAAAAUUCAUAUUUGGAAAGUUUUUUUUUCGUACUGAUAACAGGAAGAGUUUGGUAUAUUGAGAUAAAAGCUAUAAUUUCCUCCACCCUAUUUACACACACAUCUAUUUUAGCUUGUUUUUACUUGAAAAAUGCGUAUAAUUCCAUUUAAAAAAUUAAUUACUUUUGGUAGAUAAAUAGAUAAACGACACAAUUAUAUCGUAUACUUUGUAAAUAUGUGUAAUGUAUAAUUUGCCAAAUAAUUGUAAAAUGAAAAUAAGUAUUUUAAAAUUGUUCUAUUUCAUUGUUCAAUGUAUAUUUACCAUUAUUCUUUUCAUCGGGAUUUUGUUUUACAUUGAGAAUGUUUUGAAAGUACGAUUUAUUGAUGUUAUAUAUAUUUUUGAUAAUAUUCCGUCCAAAAUGAGCCUUGUAUUAAAUAAAAAUGUA